AUGGCCGACUCCGACAAUCAGAAUGGCGCCGUCAGGAGGUUCUCGGGUGACAAGCCCACCGAGUACAAGGCGUGGAGGAAGUGGGCGAGAGCAUGGAUCAAGUCCAAGAAUAACAAUGAGGAUGCUCGAGGCUCAGCACUGGUCACUCUCCUGACGGGGGCGGCCUUCAGGGCCAUCGAGGACGUCGAGGACGACCUCAUCGAGCAGGCUGGCGGAGAUGAUGUGAUCUUCGCCAUCCUUGACGACAAGUACCCCGACCUCCCAGCCACAGACCGGCUGGGCGAGGUGAUGCGUGCCUGUCCGAGGCUCAAGACCCACAAGCAUGAAGAGGCCAACGCAUACACUGCCCGAGCCAGGGCCAUCUUCGCUGAUGCCGAGCGCAAAGGUAUUGUCUUGCCAGAGAUCGCGCGCGGCAUCAUGCUUCUCGAGGGUUGCCACCUGGACUCCGAGAAGGAGGCGGUCGUCAUGGCCGCAGCCCACAGCUCCUGGCGGGAGCCCGACGUCGCUAGAGCUCUGAGGACCACGUAUCGGGCAGGCCUUGGGAAGAUGGCCAUGGGCGGUCAGAGUCACUACAAGGCCUUCGUGGCUGAGCAGGAGCUCGACGGCGACGAGACUAUCGAGGAUGACGACGGCGACCCGGAGUGCGACGCACUUUUGGCCGACCACGGAGCACAUGAUGAUGCCGACCCACCUGUUGAUGAGCGGGAUCUCAUCGACGCCUUGAUCUCAUGGACGGAGCAGCGGAAGCUACACGGGAAGGUCAAGUUGGGUCGAGGUUUCGUGAAACCGAACCUAGAGGCGUAUCGUCCAACAGAAAGGUGCCACAGUUGUAAAAAGAUCGGCCACUUUCAGAAGGACUGCAAGGGGCCUCGCAAAUCCACGGCAGGCCAUGCGAUCCUUGACCUCGGAUGCGCCAAGGGCAUGGUGGGCGCGGAGACCUUCGAGCAGCACUGCCGACGACUCCGACGGGAUCAUGGACUACAGCCAGUGCGUCUACCCGAUGCCCCGCAGGUAUCUCUUCGCUUCGGCAACGAUGGCAGCCAGUCGUCAGUGGGCGAGGUGCUACUGCCGAGUGGGAUCCUGGGCAGGAACGCGGUCACGAAGUGGUCUUUGGUGCCAGGUUCGGCGCCUUUCCUCGUGUCCAAGCAGCAGAUCAAGGCCAUGAAGUCCCAGAUUAACACCACCAGGGACACAGCUACCACUGCCGAUCUGCCGGAGUGUACACUUCCCACAGGUGCUGGCGGCCACUACGUUCUUUCCCUGACCGAGUUUGACCCCAAGGGUUUCCGUGACAACCUGGACCCGAUGAUCAGCGACCCCGAGGUCACUAUCUACAUGGCGGUCGCCGCUACGGAGAAGCAGCCAAACGUGAUCCCCGCUCCCGAGGGGUCGGCAGGCGACAUCGAGGACAUGACCAUGUGCGACAGGGCUGGAGGUCCACCACCUACACUUCCAAGGGAAGCUGAGGAUGCUGCUCGCAUCAUUCUCGGCGACAACCAUGACCGGUGCCUGGCGACGAUAGCACCAGCGGAUCUCGACCUUAUGCCAGCUGACCGGCAGGAGCGUAUCGAGCCCCGUGUCGAGUCUACUGCCGAUGCUGAGGAUGACGCUGGUAUCUCCGAGGACCUGAUCGACGAGCUCGCGGAGGCCUAUCCUCCAUCGGGUGAUGCCACUGGCGAGCUCACCCGCCGACAGCGACGACGAUUGGCGAAGGACAUCACCACGGUCACCGCGCAGCUGCGGCGCGCGGGACUCUUCGAGUUGUUCAGCCCUGAGCGAGUGGGUCCGAAGGCCGAGCUCAAGGGUCUGGGCCCAGCAAAGGCCCUGGACCUGACCACCGGCUGGGACCUCCUGCGCGCAGGAUACUCCCGGAUAUCAGCGAGCGACGUUUGGCAAGCGCUCGGCUCCUACUUCGACUGUGCGUUCAGGCGCCAGGACCGGGUGCAUGAGGCAGUUGGCCACGGUUGUCAAUAUGGUUAUCACGACGCGAUCAGUGGCAAGCCCUAUCGCAAGGUGGAGGUCGAGGAGUCGCUGCAGGCGAGGGCCGUGCUCUGGCAGGGUUUGGUCGAGGUCCACGCCCACGAAUCUCUCAUGGCGGAGGUGUUUGCCGCGCCCAAGAGGCGCAAGAAGGCUGAUCAGGACGUGGAGGAGCCGCCAGAGUCCCAAGCUGAAGCUCGAGAUCGACGACGGAAGCUGGAGACGGCGGUCCGCAAGAUCCAUGUCAAUCUUGGCCAUCCUGCAGCUGGGGACCUGAUCCGCAUCCUCAAGCAUGGUAACGCGACUGAGGAGGCCAUCGCCAUCGCGCGGGAUUUCAAGCGCGACGUAUGUGAACAGAACCGAGCUCCCAAGUUGCCACGGCCAGCGACGGUUCCCAGAGACAUUCAGGUGUUGUCCGAGGUAGGCUUCGACGUCAAGGAGCUGCCGUACUACAUCUCUGAGAAGACUUGGGCCGCUCUGAACGUCGUGGACGGUGCCAGCUCUCUCCAACAGAUGAUGCCGCUGGCAGGUAAUGAGGAGAACGGUGAGACUCUCAGGAAGGCCUGGGACGUGGGCUGGCGAAGGCCGCACGGAGCACCGGUCAGGGCCAAAUGUGACUCGGCCCGGGCCAAUACCGGUGCCAUCAUGUCCGAGGUGCUGGAGUGCGACGGAGAGGAUUUCGACGUCAUUCCAGGAGAAGCUCACUGGUUACUCGGAAAGGCUGAAAGACAUGGCUCGUGGUUCGCCAACAUACUGAGCAAGGUGAUCGAGACAGUCCAGCCGAAGAACCAUCAGGAGUGGGAGCAAUGCGUCAGUACAGUCUGUGAUCAGAAGAACCGCCUCUUGAGGAAGCAUGGGCACAAUCCAUGCCAACAUGUGUUCGGACGUGAUCCUCCUCUCCCGGCCGACCUUCUCAAGGAUUCACCUGCCAUCGUUGCGAACGGCUUGGCACUGCGCAGCGACGUCUACCAGCGGGCCACGGCUGUUCGGACUGCCGCCCGCAUGGCUGUCCUGAUGUACAGUGACGAUGAGGCCAUGAGAACAGCUCUGGACGCUCGACCUCGCCCCCUCCGAGAGUUUCGAGCAGGUGAUCGGGUAGCCUACUGGCGGCGAGGUCGAGGCAAGGGCCGGCAGAAUGACGGCAAGAAUAAUGCACGUUGGCAUGGGAGGGCUACAGUCCUUGGCGAGGAAAAUGGUCACUACUGGUUAUCACACGCAGGUGCCCUGAUUCGAGCAGCUCCCGAACGCCUUCGACAUUCUACCCGCGAGGAGGAGUGGGCAGACUGGCAUGUGCGUCAAGAGUUCAGGGCUGCCCAAGAGAAGUUCAAUGGAAAGCAAGGCAACCCGGUCUACGUGGAUCUGCCUGCUGAGAAUCAAGGACAGGCGCCGGCUCCAUCUGGCGACGGUCGUAUCAUCGUGGUGCCGGCGCCUCUGCCUGUCGGUCCUGAGCCUGCUCUACCUCCCGGGCCCGCUCUAUCUGAGGACCGACCCCAGCCUGACGCUGGAUCGACUGACAAUGUGUUGGCUCCAGCUCCUGGGGACACCGGCCUCGAGGUGGACCAAGCCGCCAAGAGAAAGAUCGACGAGCUGCAGGAUCCGAGCCUAGUCGCCCGACGCGUGUUCGACAUCGAGGGUAAGCCCUUGAAACGCCUGAGGGAGAAGACAGCAGUCCCGACUGAGGGUCUCACAUCAUCGGCGACAUCUGGUCAAGCUAUCACCAUUGCUGUGCAGCCUGCCGUCGAGGAACCUCCGACUCGGCCAGCUGAUGCUCGGCAGGCGCUCCUGGACUCCGAUCCAGAGCACGACGAGCUAGUGGCAGAGGCUGAGACGGAGGAUCAGGACGUGAUCAUCCCUGCUGAUGUCUGCCUGACCUCCAUGGCGCGCACCGGCGAGCCCUGCUACGAGGCAUUGCUGGCGAAGGGCCGCAAGGGGAUCACCGAGAAGCUCCGCCCCGACCUCAUCGAGGAGAUCCUGAACGCCAAGAUGACAGAGUGGCAGACCGUGGACCAGGAGAAGCAUGCCGUACGUGUGUGCAGCUUGAAGGAGUCAGGUGAGAUCAAGCGUACCCGACCCGAUCGGCUCGUUGACACACGUUUCGUCCUGACCAUCAAGCACGACCCCGACGGCAAGGAAAUGGUAAAGGCCCGCUGGGUUGCCAGAGGUUUCAAGGACCCGGACGCUCUCAAGCUCGUCUACUGGAACCAGACGGCCGCACCUACGGUAUCGCAGAACGCUCGCAUGCUGACACUUCAGCUGGCUGCAUCACAUCAAUGGCGACUUGAGAUCGGAGACAUCCGGGGCGCAUUCAAGGAGAGCGACCCACUACAACGACCAGAUGGACCACUCUACGCGAAGCAGCCACCUGGCGGCCUUCCUGGUCUUCAUCCUGAUCAGGUGGUGGAGCUUGUGAUACCUCUGUAUGGCUUGGAUGACGCUCCUUGCCGCUGGUACUCGAAGAUAUCAGGUUGGCUUACAGAUCAGACGGCUCACGAGUGCAGACCGUGGACGAAGUCACGCUUGGACCCCUGCCUCUUUCUCCUUCGCGAUGCUCAGUGUAAGCUUUGUGGUAUUAUUGUGGUCCAUGUUGACGAUGUGUUGAUCGCGGGUGAAGAUGAUUAUUUUCAUGAGGCGGUGCGGAGAUUGAAGGGGAAAUUCCCUUUCCGAAAGUGGGCUGUCGGUGAGGGUGAGUACUGUGGCAGUGUUCUCCACCAGGAUCCGAAGACGUUUGACAUCUCCAUCCGCCAGACCACGCCUUACCAGGAGCUCAAGCCAGUGACAGCCCUCUACGGGGACUUUGACAUCAAGACGCGUGAGCGCUGGCUAGGUCGACAUCCCUGCCUCGCAGUGACCGACUGCAAGAGCGUGUAUGACCACAUCACUGGCGCUUCAUCGCCAUCCACAGUCGGAGAUCGCAGAGUUGCCGUGGACAUGCUGGCGGACGGGUUGACGAAAGACACUGCUGAGACUUGUGACUUGCUCAGGGGUGUCAUCAGGACCGGAUGCUGCCAGAUCUCCGAGGAGAGCCUCAUGCUGCAGUUGGCCGAGACGGAGCGGGAGCAGAGGAAGGUCAUCGAGAAGUGA